AUGUACGCCGUUGCGGAUUGGCUGUGCUCGAACGGGUUUCGUGUCCGGGAGUACCUGUCAGAGAAAGAGGCAGAGUGUUCCCCAAACUUGGUGUGGUGGAUAUUCCUCUUUGCUCUUCAUGAGCUGGCGCGUGAGGCCAAUGCUGUGUUUGUGUCGUUGCAAGACAUGACCACGCUUGUCAAACAACAAGAUGACCGCUUUGGAGGUCUUGUGCAACGCCUCCUCAACAUUAGUGGGGCCCUUGGCCCCCUGGAAGAAGCCGCAAUCCUGGAGUUGGACAGUGGCAAGUAUGAAAUCAUUGGGAGCUUUGCCAUUUCCCAGGCAGCGCCCGCCACGUACUUGAACAACCUCAAUCUUUGGGUCUGCGAAGGUCUUAAGACUCUCGCGGAAGGGCAGCAAACAUUUGUUGUCAAUGCAGUGGCUCGAAUGUAUCUCCUCGCUAUCUCAAACAUAUUCGCACUCAAGGAACGGGCACACACCAGCCCGCGCGUCACUCCCAAAGAGCUUGCGACUAGUUCAAUGGUUGAGCUGGUGUCGCUAAUUGACACCCACCGCGAGCGAAUCCUCCGGACAUUCGGAGAUGAAGGCAUCGAUAAAAUCGGACAAGAAUUCAAGCGGCUGAGGGUCGAGUAUAUCGAUGGCAAACCGAUUCGAAAAGCUAUUGACAGCUUUGAUCACCGCCUUGCCAGCUUUGAUCAGAUGUGGCAGCUUGACGACGCUGAGAGGUUUCCAACAUUGGCAAGCCUGUGUGGGGGAUUCGCCAGUGUGUUUCCCAACACUGCCACUGUUGAGGAUGAUUUCUCGCUGAUCGGGUGCGAGAAAACAAACAGGCGUAGGCAGCUUUUGUCGCCGCUGGCUUCGUAG